AUGUCUUUGCGUCCGUCCACUGCUCCUUUGCGUGGUCGCAGUUUGCGUGCCCCUUUGCCUUCUCCUCCAGAUUCCUCUCUUCCUGUGCUUGCCGACCCUGAGUCGGACUCUCUUCGUGCUGCCAGUCCUACUGUCACGCGUCUGCUUGCUACUGUCGUCACUGACCCCUCUUUUGAGUCCACUGCUGCGUCUGCUCUAGUCGCUGAGCUCGUCGACUUUGCUGCUCGCUGUCGUCUCGACUACGCUGCUAGUCUUGUUGCUGAGUCUGCGUCUGUCUGUCCUCCGUCCGUCGGGGGUGAGUGUGCUCUUGGCACGAACGUCCUAGAGGACAGGCAGGAGGAGUUACAGUGUCUAGCGGCUGCUUCACCUCAUCUCGCGUCUGUACUGCUUGCCCCUGAGGGAGACCCGGAUGCACUAGACAUCCCAACUCCGCGUUCUUACGCGGAGGCCGUAGAGGGUCCCUACUCCUCUCAGUGGCAGGCAGCUAUGGAUGCAGAGAUGGCUUCCUGGAAGUCCACAGGCACCUACGUUGACGCGGUUCCCCCUCCUAGGGCGAACAUCGUCAGUGGCAUGUGGAUCUUCAGGGUGAAGCGGCCGCCGGGCUCUCCACCUGUCUUCAAGGCACGGUACGUUGCUCGUGGCUUCAGUCAGCGGCAGGGAGUUGACUACUUUCAGACCUUCUCUCCCACCCCGAAGAUGACUACUCUUCGGGUGCUGCUGCACAUAGCCGCUCAGCGCGACUACGAGCUUCACUCUCUCGACUUCAGCACUGCGUUCUUGCAGGGUAGCCUGCACGAGGAGAUCUGGCUUCGCCGUCCACCUGGCUUCACUAGGACUUUCCCUCCUGGCACCCAGUGGAGCCUCCGACGGCCAGUCUACGGUCUCCGCCAGGCACCGCGUGAGUGGCACGACACACUGAGGACUACGCUUGCGGCCCUUGGGUUUGCUCCUUCUACUGCUGACCCGUCGCUGUUUCUUCGCACUGACACUUCCCUGCCGCCGCUCUACAUCCUCGUGUACGUCGACGACUUGGUCUUUGCCACAGCAGACACUGCUGGACUCGCCUACGUAAAGUCCGAGCUGCUGAAGAGACACACGUGCACAGACCUGGGUGAACUGCGCAGCUACCUUGGCUUGCAGAUCACUCGGGACAGAGCACGCCGCACCAUUACCUUGACUCAGUCACACAUGGUGCAGCAGGUCCUUCAGCGCUUCGGCUUCACGUACUCCUCGCCUCAGGCCACUCCUCUACCUACUCGCCACUCACUCUCAGCUCUGCCUUCGGAUGAGUCCGUAGAGUCGAGUGGUCCACCGGAGCACAUGGCUGCAGCGAAGAGGGUAUUGCGCUACCUGUGCAGCACGUCGGGCAUGGGGCUAGUGCUUGGAGGGCGGAGUCCAGUGGUCCUUACCGGCCACGCGGACGCUUCUUGGGCUGACGACCAGGCUACGCAGCGGUCGUCACAGGGUUACACCUUCAGCCUUGGUUCCGGCUCUGUCUCGUGGCGGUCUACUCGCUCGUCUUCGGUUCUCGGCUCCAGUUGUGAGGCUGAGAUCUACGCCGGGGCCAUGGCUGCACAGGAGCUUCGCUGGCUCACCUACCUGCUGACUGACCUUGGAGAGCCGCCUCGUUCUCCUCCAGUGCUGUACGUAGACAACAAGGCCAUGCUGGCCUUCUGUCGAGAGCAGCGCUUGGAGCACAGAACGAAGCACAUUGCUCUCCGCUACUUCCUUGCUCGUGAGCUGCAGUAG